AUGUCAGGUGGGAAGCAUUGUCCCAGAAUAGUUGUUACUGCCAUAGACCAUUCAGUCACUAAUAUCGCGGAACUUUUCACCCCAAGAAGGGAAAGAAGAGACUUUUUUCAACGUUUCAAACAGAAUCCAAAGAAGCCAACAGGUGGUGCAAUUGAGAAAGAUGGAAAAAGUGUGUGA